UGAACUGAUAUCGUCACGUGAUUCUGUGGUUGCAGAGAAACCAUAUAAGUUAGUGAAGAUGAGUCGUGCUUGGUAAAAGUGACAACCCUGUGACUGUGAAGUUGCUUACUACGGCCUUACUGAGCGGCAAUCAUGGAGGAUUUCAGUGAUUUCAAUGAAACAACAUAUUCUCCAACCGAGGACUAUUCUCUGUCAACUGACGAAUCAGGCAUGUGUGACAAAACCUGGGUCAGAGAGUUUCGUGGGCAGUACGAGCCGCCGCUCUUCUGGAUCAUCUUCAUCCUGGGUGCUGUGGGUAACCUGCUGGUGGUUUGGAUCUACACCACUGUGCGCAACCGCCUGAAAACAAUGACCGAUGUGUAUCUGCUAAAUCUGGCAGUGGCUGAUCUCCUUUUCCUGUGCAUGCUUCCAUUCUGGGCAGUCGAUGCCAUUAAAGGCUGGGAUUUUGGCAUCACUCUCUGCAAAAUAGUGUCCGCUGUCUAUAAGAUCAACUUCUUCAGCAGCAUGUUUCUUCUCACCUGCAUUAGUGUGGACCGAUACAUUGCUAUUGUUCAAGUUAUUAAGGCCCAAAACCUAAAGAAAAAGAGGCUGUUCUACAGCAAACUUGCUUGCCUUGGUGUCUGGUUUGUCUCUGCUCUCCUCACACUCCCUGAGUUUAUCUUCGCCGAGGUGAAGAUAUCUGAAGAAAUGCAAUUUUGUACUAUGGUCUACUGGAACAAUGUAAACAAUCAUACAAAGAUCCUCGUGCUGUCCCUGCAGAUUUGCAUGGGCUUCUGCAUUCCUCUACUAGUCAUGUUCUUUUGUUAUUCUGUCAUCAUUCGCACACUUAUGCAGGCCAAGAGCUUUGAAAAGCACAAGGCCCUCCGUGUCAUCCUUGCUGUGGUGUUUGUUUUUGUCCUCUCUCAACUGCCUUACAAUAGCCUGCUGAUUGUGGAAGCCAGACAGGCAACUAAUAUGACUUACACAGAUUGUGACACUGUAAUUAAUUUUGAUAUAGCUGGACAGGUUGCCAAAAGUUUGGCAUAUACACACGCUUGCCUCAACCCCUUCCUCUACGUCUUCAUUGGAGUUCGGUUCAGACAAGACCUGCAAAGGAUGGUGAGGACUUGCAUUGGAGGUGUGAGCAAAGGAGGGCUCAGUAAAACGCAGGCAGUUCCCAAACGCCCCUCUCUCAUGUCAGACACUGAUACUACUCCUGCCCUUUCCAUAUAACUGCCCAUUUUCCCUAACCGUACCUGAGAUCUGAGCCCAAUUCAUGUUUUCCACUAUGUUCUUCAUGCAUUACUCCACAUUAGAGGAGCAACAAUGGCAUUUGCAACUUCAAAAGCAACAACAAUUUUUUUAAAAAAAAGCCUUUACAUUAAUUUCAACCAUAUACUGACAGUAACAGGCACAUUUUUAUCUGAAAUUACUGUAAAAACUGUACAUUACUGUAAAUACUGUUUGUAUUUUUUUUAAACAUUUGUUCCAUCAUGUAUUUGCUGUGUGCUGCUUUAAAUGACUACGAAACAUUAAAAAAACGAUUCAUACUCCAG